GGCAGGCGGUUACACGCUGCUUCACACGGAGGCUGUCCGGAAAACCCGUGUGUGUAACAGGAGAACAGCUGCUGCGUUUCCAGGCUGCACACACACACACACACACACACACGCAAAACAUGUUAUAUAAACAUUUUAAAUGAAAGUUAUUUAUUAUUUUUACACGGUUUUUCUCUAAGCGAUAAUCUACUCUUUGAGCUCUCGAAAUGGUUUCCGUUAUACGCCCUGGAAACAUCUCCGUUAUCUCCUCAGCGACGCGUUAAUGAAGACCGGAAGCGUUUAUUUUUUAAGUUUGUUUUAUGUAUUUUGCAUUUUUUUUGUCAUUCCUUUAUGAGCAACGUUUGCAUUGAAUAUUAAAAGUAACAUUAAUGAUAUUGAAAGAAACCGGACGUGUAGGCGAUCUCUAAAACCCGGUAUGGAUUACUUCCUGGAUUUUGAAGAGUGCAUCCGGGACUCUCCGGGCUUCAGGCUAUCUUUGGAGCGCUGUGAGAAUGACCUAGAGCAGCUGGAAAGUCGCAUGGAGAAGGUGAUGAGGUCGUGUAAUAAGACGGUGGAGGACGGUCAGGUCUUUUGUUCGUCCAAUCAGCUCUUCAUAUCCGCUUUGGCCGAGCUCACGUCCCACCAUAAAAACAACACUGUUAUAGAGAAUUGUCUGCAGCAGUUUAAUCAGGCUCUGCAGGAGAUGAUCCACUUCCACAUGAUGCUGCUUGACCAGACUCGGAGAGCGAUCACACAACAACUCACAAAUCUACUGACGCAGUUCCUCCCACCGCUGCGUGAUGCUCGCUGUGAGUGUGUGCGGAUCAGAGACGAGCUGAACACGGCGCUGGUUAAAAGCGCUCAGGUUCCACAGCACAAAGUGGCUGAAGCUGAGCGACACACACACCUGCUGCUCGCAACACGCAAGUGCUACACACACUGCAGUCUGGACUACUGCCUACAGCUGAAUAAUUUCCUGACUCAGCAGAAGGUGGACGUCCUGAACUCGGUUUUCUCCUUCUGUCAUGCACAGAACACGUUUUUCCAUCAGGGCUUUGACCUACUGAAAGACCUAGAGCCCACUAUGAAGACCAUGGCAGCUGAGCUGUCUGGACUCUCAGCUGAAUGCGUGAACAGAAGGAAGAACCUGGAACAUCAGCACUUGCUCGUCCAGCAGAGAGAUGCCUGUGGGGAGCCUGUGCUGUUCAACGGAGGUGCGAUUGAAGGAUACCUGUUUAAACGUCCGCGGAGGAAAAACAAAACCUGGAAGAGGUGUUGGUUUUCAGCGAAUCACAAUCAACUGAUUUACACGAAAUCACAUAAGGAGCAGCCGAUUGUGCUGUUCGAUGAUCUCCGGUUGUGCGCUGUAAAAUCUCUAGACUCAAUCGAUCGCCGUUUCUGUUUCGAGCUGCUGUCGGUGCAGAAGAGCUGUGUUUUGCAGGCAGACUCAGAGGAGUUGAAAAUGGCAUGGAUGAAUGCAGUGCAGAGCCGCAUAGACAUGGCUUAUAGAGAGAGAGUGCAGUCCGAACACACACAGGUAAAGGAUGGCUCUCUUCCUGCUCCUGCGCCUGUUCCCACCCCUUUACCUGGCACUCUAAGCAUGGUCCGUAGCCAUGGUAACCACCGCUGCUGUGACUGUGAAGAAGCGGAGCCUCGCUGGGCCAGUGUGAACCUCGGGAUAACAGUGUGCAUAGAGUGUUCCGGUAUACACAGGAGUCUCGGUGUACAUCUGUCUAAGGUUCGCUCUCUCACCCUGGAUUCUUGGGACCCUGAACAGCUAAAGCUAUUGUGUGUUCUGGGUAAUGAUGUCAUCAAUGGAAUUUAUGAAUGCCACUUGCCAGAGAUGGAGAAACCCAAGUCUGAUAGCUCUCGGCAGCAGAAGGAGGUGUAUAUCCGAACAAAAUAUGUGGAGAGGAAGUUCGUUCAACGUUGUGACCCUAAUAUCACUGACACAGUACAGCAGUGGGCGGGGCAGAGACUCUAUGAUGCUGCAGUAAGUGGGGACGUCGUCUCCAUGGCUCUGGCUCUGGCUCAGGGGGGCGACGUGAACUGGAGUAACCCAGAGGGACAGACGCCUCUGAUUGGUGCAGCAAUUGGCGGCUCGUUAUUGGCCUGCGAGUUCCUCUUGCAGAAUGGCAAUGCCAAUCACAGAGAUCAACACGGGCAUGCAGCCAUACACACGGCUACAACCCGGGGACACACAGGGCAAGUGUGUCUGCUGUUGAAGCGAGGAGCCAAUCAGUACGCGGCAGACGAGAAGGGAAAGGACCCACUUAGUAUUGCAGUAGAAACGGCUCAUGCCGACAUCGUUACUCUGUUGAGAAUGGCCCGUAUGAAUGAAGAAAUGAGGGAGUCUGAAGGAUUUUUCGGAUCAGUGGGGGACGACGAGACGUUUCAGGACAUCGUCCGCGAUUUUAGUAACAUGGCAUCUCAUGAUCCAGAACAGCUGUUGCGCAGACACUUCGGCACUCAGGACGAAUCACAGGAAGAACCCCAAAAGAGCUGAGGACGGGAGUCGUGGUUCUGUCCCGAGUGCAUAGAUUCACCUUUUAGAUCUAGAUGAAGGAAAAGAGUUAGUGGGAUUGUAGACUUUUUAGGAAUUAGUAUUUAGGGUAGAACCGAGGGUUUGGGAGGUCAUAUAACUUCCAGGUCCAAGGGGGAUUUACAUAUCAUAUAGCCGAAUUAAACUACCUGAACUAAGUGUUUAACAAAGACUGCAGAGUUGUGACAAAGACAAAAGAGCAUUUACUGACCAGUUUAUUAGGAACACCCCAGGUUGGACAACUGCACAGUGUUCCUAAUAAAGUGGACUGUAUAUUUUUGUAUAACCUUCUGCGUCGAUCCUGUUUGAUACUUGUCGCUGACACUGUAACCUGAGACUCGAUAUGUUCAUUUUUUUUUAAAUAAUACGGCACAUGAUUUGAUAUACGUAUUUUUGUUCUAUACUACACUAACUUGUCUCAUGCUAGUUUUGUUUUUGGUUUGUACUUCUCAGUCUUGUAAUUCUUUGACCCUGGUGACCUUUCUUUGUGUAUAUUGUGUAAGGAGUGUGCAUUUAGAUCAAUAACUAAUAUAUAUAUAUAUAUGCAUGAGGGGGUCUAAAAAAAACUUCAAAUUUGUUGUUUCAUGCAGAUGUAAGGUAGAUGCCUAAUUGCUCCACUAGGUGGCACUAGCAUUUCUAUUGUAUUCGGAUGUUAGCAAUUUAUACCUUUUUUGUCCCUGGAGAGAUUAUCUGUUACCUGCAAGUGGGAAAGUGGGGUCAUGGAAGAGAUUGUCUGAUAUUUUAAUAAAUGAUUAUUUCAUGUUUCCUCCA